AUGCAGAACAGCUUUCAAACACGGUCCGAGAGUGAAAACCGUGGACCCCUAAUCGUCAUCAUCAAUGGAACGGUGACUGGAGUUGCGGCUGCCGUCGUGGCCCUGCGAUUGGUAUCGAGAGCUGCGAUUGUGAAGCGGCUGGGGUUGGAUGACUGGACCAUGGCGGCUGCAACUGUUACAGCGAUCCUGAAUGUCGUUAUUGCUGGACUCGGAAAACAUGACGGCACAGUCCCCAGCACGAACCUGGUGCCGGCAGCCAAGCUUCGAUACGUCACCCAUAUUGUGUAUACCCUCAUCACCGGUCUGAUCAAAGCAUCCAUAUGCCUGCUCUACCUUCGCCUGUUCCCGAAUCUCCGAGGCCUUACCCGCGGCACCAUCGCCUUCAUUACCGCCAUGACUACUGCCAUUAUUCUCGCAACCAUCUUCCAGUGCUCUCCUGUAGACGCGGUCUACAAUCCACACAAAUACCAUCACUAUUUGUGUUUCGCAUCGAUCCCAUUCUGGUACGCCACGGCCGCACUGUCCUUGGUGACUGAUUUGUGGAUUCUCAUUUUACCGGUUAGGACCAUUCUAGGCCUACAGGUUGGAAAAAAGAAGCGCCUGAUGGUUGUGGGUCUAUUGUCCUUGGGAUCAUUUGCCUGCAUAGCCAGUAUCGUUCGCAUGGUUUACAUUGUCAAGCUGUAUCAGAGCACUGACCCAAGCUGGAGCACCUUUGGGGUCUCGGUGUCGUCAGGUAUUGAAGUCGCGGUUUCCAUCAUCGCUGCCAGCUUGCCCGGCACCAAGCCGGUGAUCGACCUAAUCUUCCCUCGAUUAUUCUCCACCACGGCGAAUAAGUCUCAUACCCCCAGUCAGGGGCUAUAUGCCAAUCGGAUGUCCCACACGGCGCACCGCAGCCACCGGCAGCACGAUGAGAUCUCUCUGGUUCAUUUGACUACGAAAGAGGGUGAUCCGGGGGAGAGUGACUCCACCACGACAGUAUCCCAUGCUUGA